AGAAGAAUCUGUUGUGUAAAUUGAGUAGCAGUAGAGGGCGGUAUGACCUUCUUGUGUAUGGUGUAUGAUCCAUACUCACGAAGUAAAGGAAGAAGAAGACGCUGCCAAAUAUGGGCAAAACACCACGGCUGUUAGCUCGCUGUGCUAGCUUCAUAAGUGGGCGUACGAGCUAGCUAGUUUGUGAAAAAUAACGAGCUCAUUACUUUUGUGAACAUUAUCCCUUAAAAUUAUGAUAUUGUUGCACUUUAUAUUUUGUAACAAAAAUUGAAUUCAACACCGAGAAAAGAUAACUUCGCUAACUUUCCGUACUGCUUGUUGGCAACAGUCAGAGCUGGCUAAGUUGUGAGAGGUAUUUGAGUGAAGGGGUUAAUCCUAAAAGAGCGCAGACAAGAUGUCAGUGGGUUCCCCCUACCACACACCUCCUCCUCCUCCUCCUCCUCCUCCUCCAGGUCCACCACCUCCUCCAGCCUCAACGGCCAAGAAGAAGAAGCUGUAUCAGACUAUAGCCAGUAGCAGGAGUCCUGUGGAGGGGAACCACACAGAGGCCCGCUUACUGCUCAGUCAGAGGGAGAGCAGUUUUAGGAAGGACUUGCAGUGGAUACUGGUGAACACAUACGUGCCCUCCCUCAUUCAAGAUGGUCCACAGUGCGGCCUGGUGGCUUUGUGGAUGUCCGCUCACCUUCGACAGCCCCAGCUGAGUAUUGACAUGGAAAACUGUGUUCAGACGGCUCUCAGCAGGGGAUACACGGCACAGGGUGAAAUGUUUUCAGUUGACAACAUGGCCCUGCUGGCAGAGGAGGUUUGUGGCUGUAAGGCGGAGCUGCUGUCAGGGGGUUUGAGUGGGAACAAUGCUGCAGCCAUCAUCGCCCACCUGUGGGGGAGACAGCCUGUCCUCAUCCCAUAUGAUGAGGACUACAACCAUGAGCCGUGCCAGCGCAGCGGACACAGGGCACACUGGGCAGUUGGUUCAGGUGUUCUCCUCGGUUUGGACCAGGGGAGCGUAAGCAAGGAGCACACUCACCCUGAUCCCACUCUGCCCUGGCUCUACCUCGCCGUGGACAGCAGCUCUUCCUGUCCUGUUGCUAGCACAGCGGUCAAAGAGGACAUCCUGGCUAAGCAGGGCAAAAGCCUGCACUACCAGCUGUGGAGUCUGGACAGCGUAGCUCAGAGCAACCAGCAGCUGAGGAAGAUGGACCCUCAUAGAGCUAAUGACGGGACCCAGUACGUGGUUCCUCAGGGAGGGGUGGAAGCAGGGGCUGGAAAGGCGGUGUUGCUCCACACAAGGACACAGAAGCAACAAUGAGUGUGACGCUGUACUCUUAUCUGUAAAACAAAGUAUACAAGCGGAAGUUUCUGAGACCCCUAACACACUGAUCUGUUGAGGCGUAACGGUGUACUCUCAUCCAGUCCAAUGUGAUUAAUACCAGUUUAACCCCAAAUCUGUAACUACCUGACUUUGAC